GGUAACCACAAGCAAUGGCGGACGUCUGUCGAAGACUGACAUAAACUUGACGUUUUACUUCAAAUUUACCAGUUAAAAUGUUUGUAGCUGCUUGUAGUCCGACGUCCUCCAUCUUUAGCGAGAUGUUGGAGAUAAAUGCGCAGCGAUGUGCCAGCAGAAGAGAAGAAUAUGACGAUGAAAUAUUGGAUGUAAACAAGUUUAAUGCAGCAAAGAGUUCACCUGUGUUUUUUGGUCGAUAUGGUCACAGAUUGGGAGAUACAGAGACGAUACACGACGGGGAAGAUAGCAUUGGAUCGGCUCGUUCGUCGUACUUACCUGAUUUUGAUCCUGCUACUACUCAUCCAGCCACUUACGGCUACGUUUUGUUGGAUAAAAAACCGCYGGUUCAAAAAGAGGAGCCAGUUUUGCCAGACCCAAAACAAUGUAGUUCCAGUGAAUACCUCGAGGCAUACAUAUUCCCAGUACUGUUACCUGGUAUGGAAAAGAUGCUAAUAGCAGCCAAAGAAAACAAAGUAUUUGAGAGAAGAAGAACAAAGUUCAAUGCAUGUGACUUUCUAACAGAGUAUUUAUACAGAAAUAACCCUGUUCAUAAUGACAGAGAAGAGACCGUGUUACUGGAUAUUCCAUUUGUACAAAGUAUUUUAGAAAAAAAUCCUCGACCACCUCUACCAUUGUCUCUCCUUCUAAGUGAUGAYGAAGCAGCUGUAAUAAUACAGUCAUUCUAUCGAGGCUACUGUGUGCGUAAGACACCAGAAGUCCAAGAAUUAAGAGAAUAUCAAAAAGAAAUGAGAAAUGAAGCUGUGGAUAUCUUUCUCAAAGUCGAGGAUUUUUGGAGAAAACAUCCAGUGGAGGAUGUCCCAGAAGAUGAAACUGUUACAUCAGUGCAACUUGCAGAGAGUACAGCAGAGGAAAGUACAACAUMGUUGAAUACCACAACAACACCRCAAUAAAUAACCUUGCUAGCCCCACCAAAAGUUUAAUCUACUCCCAUCAAACUGCAUUGCAUCAAAUAUGUAUAUAAUUAUUUGUAAUGAGUACAGAAUUAAAGUUUUAUGCUAUUGUUGAGAA